AUGAUAGGUCAGACACGAUUUGGGAUGAAAGACAAAUUGACACCAAGAUACAUUGGGCCAUAUGAAAUUCUUGAGAAAAUCAACUCGGUGAUGUAUCGAGUAGCCUUACCGUCAGUCAUGGAGCAAAUGCACAAUGUUUUUCAUAUUUCUAUGCUUCGAGAUUAUCAACGAGAUCCGUUACAUGUGAUUGAACCAACUUAUGUGCUUUUGAAAGAUGAUUAUACUUACGAGGAACGACCAAUUCAGAUUGUCAAUCGAAGGAUCAAAAGUCUAAGAAAUAAAGAGAUUCCACUGGUGAAAGUUGACUGGAAAAACCACGGAGGAACUUACGCAACAUUGGAGACAGAAGAAGAUAUGAUGAAAAUAUACCCUGAUUUAUUCCCUCUAGAUCCGGCAUUCUUCCACAACGAAAGUAACUCGAGUUUGGAGGACCAAACUCUUUAA